AUGGUCAAGCUCGGCAACCGUCGACAAGAUACAGCCACUACAAAUCGACCCAUCAUAUUUGUGGCCCACUCACUCGGUGGCCUAGUUGUCGCAAACGGUCUGUCAAGUCAAAGUGGCUCGAACGAGCAACGUCAGGAGGUCAUAACCAGCACAUGCGGGACCAUCUUUCUGGGCACGCCGUUUCAAGGGUCCGACAAAGCUCAAUGGGCUGGUCUUGCCGAGAAGGUGUUAAGCCUGCUCGGCGACAGCAAUGACCAAAUCAUCAAAGACCUCGACACGAAAUCUACCAAAUUGCAACAGAUUAGCUCUGAUUUUCAUCUCUUGUUGCAACAGCGACACGAGUCGAAGGCGCUCAGUCCGAUUCAAGUCGCGUGCUUUUUCGAGACCAAAUCGACCAUGUGGAAGAAGAAGAAAGACUUAGGCCUCAUCGUGACGAAGCAGUCUGCAGCCAUUGCCGGAUAUCAGCCCAUGCCCAUCAACGCAGAUCAUCGUGCCAGUACGUGA